AUGAUAGGUAGCAUCGACUGCAUGCACUGGCAAUGGAAGAAUUGCCCAACUGCCUUGCAAGGUGAUUAUGGAAAUAGAAAAGGCAAAAAAUGUAUCAUCCCGGAAGCCGUUGCUGUCUUCGACACAUGGGGUCAAUCCCCGAUCUUCAACGAUGUAUUGAGAGGCCAAGGUCCCAAUAUCACCUAUCAAGUCAACAAUACAGUCUAUCAGACAGGGUAUUAUCUAGUUGCGGCAUCUACCCGAGGUGGACCACUUUUGUCAAAUCCAUUCCGAAUCCCCGAUCCCAGAAGCAAAAAUUAUUUGCUACCUAUCAAGAAGGAUACAUGA